UGACCUCCUUGCAGGCUGCUACAUGGAUUUUUGGGGUGGAGAGAAGCGUGAGGAGGAGAGGCUGCAUGCACCAACUGCACGUGCUGCAUCCCCCAGGCGCUGCGGUUCUGUAAAAAGCCAUCGGCCGCCCUGCAGGUGCUUUGCACCCCACAAUGGUCGCAUUCUGGGGGGUUCAAAAGGCAAUGCUCCAUGCAAACCCUCAGCCUGGCGUUUCCUCAUCCCGACUCCACGCAGCACCGACCCCCCCCCGGGUCUCCCGGCGUCCCCCAGCAGGACCAUACGGACAGCAUGUCCCCAGCUUGUUUACUGCGGCCGUGCGCCUCGAUUGUCACCACCAUGUGACAGGUGAUGCCUUCAGACAGCCGAGCCAGCUCCACGUGACUGCUGGGCGAUGGAUAAAAGCUGCGUGAGGGGCUCCGGCAGCAGAACUGGGGUUGCUCUGAGGAGGAGCAGUAGUGCCGUACCGAUGGAUUUCCAGCCUAGCAUCCUGCGCGAUGGCAGCCCCAUGGAGAGCCUGGAGAAGCAGCUGCUGUGCCCCAUCUGCCUGGAGAUGUUCAGCAAGCCUGUGGUGAUCCUGCCCUGCCAGCACAACCUCUGCCGCAAGUGUGCCAAUGACAUCUUCCAGGCUGCCAAUCCGUACUGGCAGAGCCGAGGCAGCAGCAUCAUUUCGGGGGGCCGGUUCCGCUGCCCUACGUGCCGCCACGAGGUCCUGCUGGACCGCCACGGUGUCUAUGGGCUGCAGAGGAACCUGCUGGUGGAGAACAUCAUCGACAUCUACAAGCAGGAGUUCUCCAGGCCACUCAAGAAGGGGGAGCACCCUAUGUGCAAGGAGCACGAGGAUGAGAGGAUCAACAUCUACUGUGUCACCUGCGAGGUCCCCACCUGCUCCAUGUGCAAGGUCUUCGGUGCUCACAAGGACUGCGAAGUGGCCCCUCUGCAGAGCAUCUUCCAGGGCCAGAAGAGCGAGCUGAACAACUGCAUUUCCAUGCUAGUGGCAGGGAACGACCGCAUCCAGACCAUCAUUUCCCAGCUGGAGGAUUCCUGCCGCAGCACUGAGGAGAACAGCGAGGCAGCCAAGCAGGAGCUCUGUGCACGUUUUGAUGCAUUUGCAGCGCUGCUGGAGGAGAAGAAGAUGGAGCUGCUGGGACGCAUCACCCGUGAGCAGGAGGACAAGACAGGCUUUGUGCAAGGCCUCAUCCACAAGUAUAAGGAGCAGCUAGAGAAGUCCAGCCGGCUGGUAGAGACGGCCGUCCAGGCCAUGGAGGAGACCGACGGGGCCGCCUUCCUCAUGAAUGCCAAGCAGCUCAUUAAAACGAUUGUGGAGGCCUCCAAGGGCGGCAGGCUGGAGAAGAUUGAGCAAGGCUAUGAGAACAUGGAUGCCUUCACAGUCAAUCUUGAGCACCUCACCGAUGCCGUCCAUGCCUUGGACUUUGAGUCAGAUGAGGAGGAUGAGUUCUAUGAGGAGGUGGAAGAAGAUACAGGAGACACAGAACCCGAAAGGGUAGCGGCAGCCCCCCAGUAGGACGCAGGAUGUCCAGGACAGAACCUGGGGACACACUGACGGGGCCAGCCAUCCAGCUCCAGUACAGGACACUUUUCUAUACGGGUGCCAAGAGGACUAUUCCGCACAUUUUAUAUGUUCCUUGUUUUGUAUAUAAUUGUAAUGGAGUUGUGUAUUUUGUACAGAAAA